AUGGAUAAGGAAGAAUCAAUGGAGAAAAAUAACGAGAAGGAUCCUAAUAAGAGAAACUCAUUGAAUUUUUAUUGGCCUGAAAAGUUUGUAACUACUACAUUAACACCGACUACUCUUACUUUAGCCCCAAAUACAUUCAAAAUAUGGAAACAAGAAAAAUUUAAUUUGGAAAGCUAUGGAUCUAUUGCUAAGGAAAGUAAUAGCAGCAAGACUAACCCUACUUCUCAAUCAUCUGAUGCAAAUAUCAUUAGUACUGUUGGUAACCAAGUCAACGCAGGUGGUUUCUCUCAACCGUUUUCAUUUGAUGGAAACAUUAAUGAGGUUGGUGAUGAUGGUAAUCGUUGUUGUGGCAAGAAUUUUGAAAUUUUUGAGCCUUUGGCUAGUAACUCAAAUAUUAACAUGAAUCCAAGGAGGAACAAGAGGAUUUCAUCAAGUGAGCUGCAUCCUGAACAAAGAUCUAAACAAAAAAAGAUGACUCCACAAGUUGAAAGCUCUCGAGGAAAAGAAAGUGCUUUGCAAAUGGAGAAGAACACUAGCUCGGUAAACAUGUCAACUACAACUAGAAACAACUCCACAGCUCAGUUUGGUAAAAUUGAAGAGAGACAAAGUGAGGUGAAUCAUCUCAGACAAGUCUAUAAUAAUCACCUUAUCAGACAAACACAUAUGCAAAGACAAGCCAUGGUGGACAAUAAAUUAUUAGGAGGGCAAAUGGGGAACUCGAGCGGCUUAAAUCUUCUCCCUAAAGGAUGUGAACAAACAUCUCACAUGAAUCCAAGCCAAGGUACAACUAAAGCAAAUAGCAGAGCUCAUGGCAUUGAUAAAUUAAAUCAAGUUGACAUGCACCAACAACAACUAAUGAUUGGAUCUGACACUUACAGAUCGAACCAUGUCAGCAUGAAUCAACCACAACAACUGGUUGGAACCAAUAUUUAUGGUUUAGAAGACCUUAACAAAAAUGAACAGCAGAUGAUUGGACCCAAUGUUGGCGAGUUGCACCAGGUCAACAGGAAUAAAAAACAUCAAACAAUUGGAGCCAACGUACAACAAGUGAUUGGAUCCAAUGUUUACAAAUCGAAUCAGAUCAAUUUAAACCAACAUCAGCAAGAGAUUGGAUCCUUAAACCAGGUGAACAAGAACCAGCUGCAAACUAUUAGACCAGACAUUGAGGAAGUGCAAGAGCAACAAACUAUUAGACCCAGUGCUGACAUAUUAAACCAGGUCAGCAUGAAUCAACAAGAAGGAACAAUUGGACAUGCUUUGGAUCAGUUGGAGCACGUCAAAAUAAAUCAACAACAUCAAAUAGUUGGACCUGACAUUUUUGGAUUGAAUCAAGACAGUGCGAGUCAACAAAAAAUGAUUGGGUCCAACAUAUCAAACCAAGUUAAUGGCUAUGGAAUGCAGCAAACGAUUGCAACAAAUGAUUAUGGACUGAAUGAGGUUUGGAUGAAUCAGCAACAAAAAGAAAUGAUUGUGCCUAAUUGUUUGGACAAGGCUAUAGGUUUGCAGGUGAUGGAUAAGGAAGAAUCAAUGGAGAAAAAUAACGAGAAGGAUCCUAAUAAGAGAAACUCAUUGAAUUUUUAUUGGCCUGAAAACUAUGGAUCUAUUGCUAAGGAAAGUAAUAGCAGCAAGACUAACCCUACUUCUCAAUCAUCUGAUGCAAAUAUCAUUAGUACUGUUGGUAACCAAGUCAACGCAGGUGGUUUCUCUCAACCGUUUUCAUUUGAUGGAAACAUUAAUGAGAUGACUCCACAAGUUGAAAGCUCUCGAGGAAAAGAAAGUGCUUUGCAAAUGGAGAAGAACACUAGCUCGGUAAACAUGUCAACUACAGCUAGAAACAACUCCACAGCUCAGUUUGGUACAACUAAAGCAAAUAGCAGAGCUCAUGGCAUUGAUAAAUUAAAUCAAGUUGACAUGCACCAACAACAACUAAUGAUUGGAUCUGACACUUACAGAUCGAACCAUGUCAGCAUGAAUCAACCACAACAACUGGUUGGAACCAAUAUUUAUGGUUUAGAAGACCUUAACAAAAAUGAACAGCAGAUGAUUGGACCCAAUGUUGGCGAGUUGCACCAGGUCAACAGGAAUAAAAAACAUCAAACAAUUGGAGCCAACGUACAACAAGUGAUUGGAUCCAAUGUUUACAAAUCGAAUCAGAUCAAAUUAAACCAACAGCAGCAAGAGAUUGGAUCCUUAAACCAGGUGAACAAGAACCAGCGGCAAACUAUUAGACCAGACAUUGAGGAAGUGCAAGAGCAACAAACUAUUAGACCCAGUGCUGACAUAUUAAACCAGGUCAGCAUGAAUCAACAAGAAGGAACAAUUGGACAUGCUUUGGAUCAGUUGGAGCACUUCAAAAUAAAUCAACAACAUCAAAUAGUUGGACCUGACAUUUUUGGAUUGAAUCAAGACAGUGCGAGUCAACAAAAAAUGAUUGGGUCCAACAUAUCAAACCAAGUUAAUGGCUAUGGAAUGCAGCAAACGAUUGCAACAAAUGAUUAUGGACUGAAUGAGGUUUGGAUGAAUCAGCAACAAAAAGAAAUGAUUGUGCCUAAUUGUUUGGACAAGGCUAUAGGUUUGCAGGUAAAUAUUGGAGAGAUGCCAAAUAAUACGUGCUUGAAUCUUGAUCAGUCUAUCUUGAACAAUGCCGCAAAUUUGAAUAUGAUGAGGAACCGAUUAUCUAAGCCAGAUAAUAUGGUUAAUCUUAUGACGGUGAAUAAAAAAUAUGAGUAUGGGUCAAACAACAAUAUUAAUGUAAGCUUCAACAACAACCAACCUGGGAUAAGCUCCAAUGACGCAUGUAGAUCGACGAAUAUGAGCUUCGACGAUCAAUUGGGAAUUGCUUUUAGUGAUUUCUUUGGUUCAGACAACACUGAAAAUUAUUUGAUGGGUUUCGAGAAUCAGCCAAGAGUUAAUUUUUGGAGCACCCCUUGUGGAUCAAACAUGGAAACCUUGGGUAUGAAUAAUCAGUCUGGUAUGAACUUCAGUGAAAUGAGAAACUUAAGCAUUGACAAUCCGUCUAUGGGAAGUCUCACUGAUGAAUUUGGAUCAAGCAUUAAGAUGAUAGACAGUGGAUUAAACAAUCAAUUUGGAUUUGAAGACGUGGUGGACCUGGGAUUAAUAGAUGAUUAUGGGGCAUUCAAUAAAGUUUUUGAUGUUAACUUCUGUGGUAAAGAUGGGUUGAGCUGUAUUGAAAGUGGUAGCGUAAACAUGAGUAAAAAGCAGAACAACAUGAUGGCAGCUAGUAUGAGGGCUGGCAGCGGAUCGAACAACAUAAUAGCUGAAGGAAGUUUUAAUGACAAGAGCAAGUCAAAUGCUAAGAAAAAUAUGACAUUGAACAAUGACGAUGAGUUCAACAGCAUGGGAAAUAAGCUCUUUAAUAAUCAAAAUGGCUUAGGCAUGGAAAAUACAAGUUAUCUCGAAGAAUAUGGAUUAGGGAGCAUGAGUUUUGAGGAUGACUUUGGGCAACAGAACAUAAACUUUUUAGACAUGCAGCAUCAAUUUGGAUCAAAAGAGUUUGGGAAUAUGAUAAGGGAAAAUGAAUCUGGAUAUGAGAGAAUGACAACUAUGAGAUCAAAUGAUUAA